AUGGAGAAAUUCAGUCAAUACCGCGAUCGGGCCACCGGCAUCGCGCCCUUCCUCCCCGUCACGACGACCCUCUCCGCCGUGAGCGCCGCCUACCACGCCCUCGUCUUUGCGCUGCGCGUGCCCUUUUUCGUCGCCUUUGCCGUCGGCUACUUUGCCCUCUUCCACCACCUGCCGCUGCCCGUCAUCGCGCGCAAGGUCGCCCUGUGGUGCCUGCUCGGCAUCCCGGGCAUCUGGUGGGUGGACCUGCAGCUCGACGGCGUCAAGCGCGGCACCCUCGCCGACCAGCCUCGCCACCGCUUCCCGCACGGCGGCACCGUCAUCGCCGCCAACUUUACGAGCCCCAUCGACGUCGUCUACCUCGCCGCCAUCUUCGACCCCAUCUUCACCGUCGCCUACCCGGGCACCCGCAGGGUCCGCCGCGUCGGCCUCUUCGCCGCCGUCCUCGCCGCCCUCGCGCCCCCGCCCUCGGCCGCCGACCGUCCCCGCGACAGCGAGCUCGUGUCGCUGCGUCAGCUCCUCGAGCAGUACCCCGACCGCCCCAUCGCCGUCUUCCCCGAGUGCACAACGACCAACGGCAAAGCCAUCCUGCCGCUGAGCCCGAGCCUGCUCGAGUGCCCGGCCGACGUGCAGAUCUUCCCCGUCAGCCUGCGGUACACCCCGGCGGAUGUCACCACGCCCGUGCCCGGCCGCUGGGUGUCGUUUCUGUGGAACCUGCUGUCGCGGCCGACGACGUGCAUCCGCGUGCGCAUCGCCGAGGGUCAGUCCAACACGUCGGCGGCGAGCACCAACGGCGCGUCCACGAAUGGCCAAGUACGCUCGCGUGGCGUCGAUGCGGGCGAUGUGAGUGCAGAUGAGCAGCGUGUGCUGGAUGCCAUUGCCGAGGCGCUGGCACGUCUUGGUAGAGUCAAGCGUGUGGGGCUCACAGUGGAGGACAAGUCGGCGUUUGUCAAGGCGCUCCAUCGCAAGAGAUCGUGA